AUGUCUCUCGGAAAGAAGGUCACUCUCAGCUCCGGCCACGAGAUCCCCCAGCUGGGAUUUGGCACCUGGCAGUCCGCCCCCGGUCAGGUCGGUGAGGCCGUCUACCACGCCCUCAAGGCCGGUUACCGUCACUUGGACUUGGCCACCAUCUACCAGAACCAGCGCGAGGUUGCCCAGGGUAUCAAGCGCGCCUUCCAGGACAUCCCCGGCCUCAAGCGUGAGGACAUCUUCAUUACCUCCAAGCUCUGGAACAGCCAGCACCACCCCGACGAUGUCGAGAAGGCCCUGGACGAGUGUCUUGCUGAGCUCGAGCUCGACUACCUCGAUCCCCAGCUCUACCUGGUCCACUGGCCCGUCUCCUUCUCCCGCGGCAACGACUACUUCCCUCUGGUUGAGAACAGCAGCGUCGAGGGCGGUGACGUUGCCAUCAGCGACGAGAUCUCCAUUGUCGACACCUGGAGAGCCGUGACCAAGCUCCCCAAGAGCAAGGCCCGCACCGUUGGUGUUUCCAACCACAUGGUCGAGCACCUCGAGGCCAUCAUCAACGCCACCGGUGUUGUCCCCGCCGUCAACCAGAUCGAGCGCCACCCCGUCCUGCAGAGCACCGAGCUGAUUGAGUACGCCAAGAAGAAGAACAUCCACAUCACCGCCUACUCCGCCUUCGGUAACAACGGCUUCGGCGUUCCCCUCCUCGUCACCCGCCCCGAAGUCAAGGAAGUCGCCGAGUCCGCCUCGCAGCGCCUCGGCAAGACCGUCACCCCCGCCCAGGUCAUCCUCGCCUGGUCCCAGGUCGGCGGCCACAGUGUCAUCCCCAAGUCGGUCACUCCCUCGCGCAUUGCCGAGAACUUCCAGGAGGUGGAGCUCACCCCUGAGGAGGUCGAGAAGGUCUCCGCCCUGGGCAAGGACCGCAGACGCUACAACACCCCUUACAUCGCCAACGUGCCCCGCUGGGAUAUCAACAUCUUCGGUGAGGAGGAGGAGAAGCCUGCUUCCCACAAGGUUGUGGUUUAA